GGGAGCCCAGGACAACAAUGCCCUCCAUGCCAGCAAAGGAGCAAGACAAUGAGCUAGCAAGUCAGAAACCGCCAGAGACCAGACCCACAGUGCUCCCUGGCCCAUUGUGAUGAAAUCGCAAUGCUCAGGGAGGGAGGAGCAGAGGCCCUGGAGCGACCCCAAAGAGAUGUAGGAAAAUAUGUGUCUGGAGGACCAGGAGGCCUGAAUUCAUAGUCCAGAUGCCCGGAACUUUGCGAAUCUUUGCACCGGGUCCUCUGCGGGACGGUACUGAGGACUCCCCAUCCUCUCCGCAGCUCCAGUCACACCUGUAGGUGCCUGGCCUCAGGAAGGAACCAUGGCAAAGGUUGCAGCCACCGGAAGCAACCUUUCCCUAGUUCUGUGCCUUUUCGUUGUACUGAGCUGUCUGGGGUCCAAAUUGCCUUUCAAACUGGUGUCUCUUUGCUACAGCUUCACUGAGGGCCAGACAGGGCCUGGAUCACAGAGGCAAGAAGUUAAAGGCCAAGCGAACAACGAAACUUUUGUCUUCUGCAAUAAUAACACCUGCCGUGCCAUAGGUGUUCUAGGGAGAAAAGUGAAUGUCACAGAGACCUGGCAAGUACAGGUUGAUGCUCUGCAACAAGGAUGUGGACUGUUCAAUGCGCUUAUGCUUCACAUGAUGCGGGAGAACACAAUGGGAGGCACAGUGCACCUCUUACUGACGGCCAGGGUGUGUUGUUGGCAUGAAGCAGAUGGACAAUUCAAUGCAUCCUGGAACUUUGACAUUAAUGAACGCAAAAUGUUGCAUUUUAACUCAAUCACUGGAACAUGGACUACUCUUCAUCCUGCAUCGAUCAUGUUGCUAGAGAAACGCAAGAAAAACACGGAAAUAACUACCUUCUUACAAAUGACCUCCCAGAAUCACUGUAAGACUUGGUUUCAGGAGUUCAAGUCCCACUGGGGACAAGAGGUGAAGCAUACAGAUUCAUCAAAGGCCAUGAUCAUCAUUCCUCACAUCUCUGUCCUGCUGAUUCUCCUCACCUGCUCCCUCCUGCUGCUUCUCUCAGGAGGAUCCUCAGCCAUGACAGGUUGAAGAUGCUCCAGAGAAGUCAUAAGAGUUCAUCUGGUGCCGCCACUCUCCCUUCCAUCAGCCUCCACUAGAUGAAUCAGGAUGCUGCGGACACAGCAUUUCAUGGUCUUUCACUCUGUGCUAAUUGCUUAGAGUCUCUUCUUAUCACCUUGUAUUGUUUCUCUUGGUGCUCCUCAGUGGGAAUUGUCCUCAUUGUGGAACUACUUUUACUAGAGACCUGGAAAGAAUGUGGUUAUUGCCCAUCCCUAGCAUAGGAAACAGGAUAACCAGAUCUCCUUAGUGGGAAUGUGAAGUUUUUACUCUUGCAUAUGUAACGGGCAAUAAUCAAAUAUCUCAGAUGUCUAAAGGAAAUCUCUAAUAACUAAUCAAGAAAACAGAAGUUGAGGACCAGUUUUCUUUUUAGAAAUCACUGAUAACUUUAACAGGGCACACCUGAGUCCAUGAUGGAAGCUCCAUCCAGGCUGUAAAACUCAGCAUAUAGGAAGCACUACCUGCCAGAACUCGAAUAAAGGCCCAGUCCAUCCAAGUCUCUGAAUGGAUUAACCUUGCUUUAGGCUUCUGUCCUUCCACUUCUGCAAACUCUUCUGUUAACUGACGUAUGUCCAUCCAGAAUAUGGUUUUUGUGCUUAAAAGCUCUACCUGAGAAAGGCUCAGUGCUAUACUGGGAUCUCAACACCCAGUGUAA